AGUCGUUUCACUCGACGCGUCAAAUACAAGAGUAUUUCCGGACAAAAAUGUCUGAAUAUGUGGUCCAUUGUCUUAAUCCUUACCGACGGCCCGAAUGCAAGAAAGGAAGGAUUUUAAACAACACUGACUUCAAAUAUUUGGCCCGAAAAUUAACGCAUACUAUAAUGGGAAAAGAGAUCAAACAAUGCAAAUCAUUGGAACAGUUGUCUUGUAAUGAAUCAGUAAAGACUAAGACAAAGGAAUACGUGAAGAAAUAUAUGGCCCGAUUCGGCCCAUUCUAUAAGACAGAGAACACGACUGCCGACAGCCAUAAAGCGGUCGUUUCGCCCAAAGAUGUUGUGUCUAACACUGCGACCGAUUGAAAACAUUUUCAAUUUAAUUGUAAAUUAAAGUUAAAUAUUUUUCGAAAUACAUGUAAAUAUCAUAAAACAAAAGAGACAUUAAAUUUUUAUAUAAAUUAUGAUAUUAUUGUAAGAAUGAGUCCACACUUUCAGCCAUAAAAUGCAUCCGAGACUCGACAUGACAUGACAUCUCAUCCAUCCAUACAUUAAAAUAAUUUUCUCACUUAAAUGUUGUAAUAAUUGAGUUGUAAAUGAAGUUUUAGUUUCAUUAUUAGAAAUGAAAAAUGUUUUUUAGAUUUUAAAUGAAUAAUUUUUUAACAAUGAAUAAAUCAUUUCUGUUUUAA